UUUUUUUUAGAAGAUUGCCGUGCUUCGUGCAACAGAAAAACUUGCAAUGGAGAGAGUGAAGUGAAUUCUGUGACGAAAAUUCAAUUUGCCGCACACGUUCAGUUACCGGCUCGCCGGAGGCGUGCCUCUCGAGGGGGGCGGAGGGAUGAGUUGAGCCAGGAACCCGCGGCGCGGCGACCAGGCAGAAUUCUAUCAAGAAAAUAUGCAAGACACAUAGAAGAAUUCUAGCAACCUUCACCAUCUUACUUCUUAAACUUAUCUUAAUUUAAUUUUUAAUUUCUUAAAAAAAAAAAAAAAAAAAUAAAAAAUCUAUCUGGCCAGAAGAUGCUUCAACAUAUCAAUAACCGUAGACUAGAUUUUAUAUUUAUUAACAAUUCGAUGUUAGUCAUUCCCAAAGUACCGUCACUUUUGUAACAUUGCUCUGCUGUAGCCCUUGCUAACGAGUGGCUAGCUGUAGCGAUACCCAGGCCAGCCUCGGAGAGCGGGGCGGCGGGCGGCGGCCGGGGGCAGAGCGCAGGCGUCCUGGUCCGGGCCAUGAGCAAGACUCACCGGGUGCGCAGCGGGAACAAUAACGUGAGCUCGAGCUCCCAGGCACUAGACAACCACAAGGGAGGCAGCAGCGCGGCGGCCGGAGGCGCGACCAGCAGUGCGUCGGGGAACCGGAGCGAUGGCGGCGCGGCCGCGAGCAAGCGCGCCCGCAGCGCGAGUGCCCACUCGGGCGCCGAGCCCAGCCCCACGAGGAAGAGGAGCGUGCUGGGCGCGGUGCGCGGCUUCCUGCAGUCCCGAGGCCGGCAGCGGUACGACGUCCACCGAGCGCAGCACGCCCCGGUGUCGACCGGCUCUGCCUUCUCCCCGGCCGCGCCGCGUGUGACGGAGCGCACGCGACCCCCCAGGAGCCGGCGCAAAGUGAACGCACCUCUUCCGGCCACCAGCACCGCCGUCGGCGCCAGCACGGCUCAGCACGGCUCUCACGACAAGAAGGUGUCCCGCGCGCCGCGGCCGCGCAGCCGGGACUCGCGCGAUGCCAGCCCGGAGGUGACGGUGGGCCCCUUCCAGCUGGGGGCGCGGCUGCCCGAGAUAGAGCCCGAGCCCGAGCUGCAGGUAGAGCCCGUCCCGCCGGCGGCCGUCCCCAAGGACGCGCCCGAGGAGGACCGGGCGGGGGGCGCCGCCCGGGAGGAUGGCGACGAGGAGAAGGCCGUGGGCGUGUCCCCGGACAACCGCUUCCUCAAGUUCGAGGAGGAGAUCGGCCACGGCAGCUUCAAGACCGUGUACCGUGGCCUGGACACGCAGACGGGCGUGGCGGUCGCCUGGUGCGAGCUGCAGGAGAAAAAAUUGAACAAGACUGAACGUUUGCGAUUUCGAGAGGAAGCCGAGAUGUUGAAAGGGUUGCAGCACCCAAACAUUGUUCGGUUUUAUGACUAUUGGGAGGUUACACUCACGAAGAAGAAGUACAUAGUGCUGGUUACGGAACUCAUGACCUCCGGAACACUGAAAACGUACCUGCGGAGGUUCAAGAAGAUCAACCCCAAGGUGCUGAAGUCGUGGUGUCGGCAGAUCCUGAAGGGCCUGAGCUUCCUGCACUCCAGGACCCCGCCCAUCAUCCACCGGGACCUGAAGUGCGACAACAUCUUCAUCACGGGCACCACCGGCUCCGUCAAGAUCGGGGACCUCGGCCUCGCCACGCUCAAGAACCAGUCCUUCGCCAAGUCCGUCAUAGGGACGCCGGAGUUCAUGGCCCCGGAGAUGUACGAGGAGCACUACGACGAGAGUGUGGAUGUGUACGCCUUCGGCAUGUGCAUGCUGGAGAUGGCGACGUCCGAGUACCCCUACUCCGAGUGCCUGGUCCCGGCCCAGAUCUACAAGAAGGUCAUCAACGGUGUGAAACCACAGAGUUUCGAAAAGGUAGAGAAUCCAGAAAUCAAGGAAAUCAUAGAUCGAUGCAUCACCUUAAAGAAAGAAGAUAGGCCGUCGGUGAAGGACCUACUGCUGCACGAGUUCUUCGCGGAGGACGUGGGCCUGAAGCUGGAGAUGGUGUCGUCCCGGGAGGAGGCCGUGGUCCCCUCGGCGCGGAGGGUGGAGUUCCGCCUGCGCGUGCUGGACCCCAAGAAGCGCAGCAACAAGCACAAGGAGAACGAGGCCAUCCAGUUUGAGUUCGACAUCCUGGGCGACGACGCGGACGAGGUCGCCGUCGAGAUGGCAAAAUCAGGCUUGAUUAUGGAGGAUGAUGUAAAAGCCGUGGCCAAACUCAUAAAGACCCAGAUAUCUACUUUGUCGAAGGAGCGAGAAGAGAGACGCGUACAGGACAAGGAUGCAGAGACCUUACCAGGCAAGUUCCCUUGGCCUGUUGUGAAUGUGACUGACCCUGGCUGCGUGACCGUUGCAGAGGUGUCUCCUGACUCUGGCUACGUGUCGGUGCACAAGGCUGACAAGCAACAGGGGUUUCCUCCGCAGUCGCAGUCGCAGUCUCAACAACAUCCGGAGCAGCAGGACCAACAGGAGCUGCAGCAACGGGACCAGAAGCAGGAACAGCCGCCCGACUCGCAGCAACAGCAGGAGUCCCAGCAGGGAUCUCAGCCGUUCUACGCGCCAGGCUUUGUCGGGACGCCGGUUGGUGGUGCCGCGGUCCUGCAGCCUGUUAGUUAUGCCUCUGGAACAAGCUUGCAGAAGGUUUUCCAGCAGCCCCAGAGCGACCUGGCGGCGGUGGGCGGGUUCCCGGUGACGCCGGUGUUCCAGCCCGGCCAAUCACAGCCGCUGUACGUCGCCCCGAGCUACCCCCAGGGCUCCACCGCGCCCAUCCUCAUCCACCCCAGCGAGGGAGGCUCGCAGCAGACGUCGGUGUUCCCGCUGGUGAGUCCGUGCGUGGUGACCUCGGCCGGCGCGAAGAAGGCGGAAGGCGGACUCCUGUCGCGGCAGAACUCGGAGUCGGGCUCGGAGCAGCCGGGCGACGGCCGCAGGAGCACCGGCACCGCUCCGUCCUCGCUCACGAGCCAGGAGAUACAGGCCCACCUGGCCCCCGACGUGUUCGGCGCGAAGCCCUCGGACGGGGUUGCCUCCCUCUCGCCGUCGCCGCAGCCCGCCGGCGGGGAGGAGCCUGUGGGCGUCGAGGCCCGGCCCGGCUCCUCCCCGGGGCUGAGCUCCAGCGUAAGUCAGAGCGACGUGGCGCCUCCUGCCUCUAGCGCUUCCGCUCGCAACUCCGCUUCAGAGGACGGACCCGACACCAAAGCUUCUAACGCUAUUAACACUAACGAUCACGGUGUAGUGAGUAGCAGCGUCCCUUACGCAGCUUCGCACAACUCCCAGAGCUUCGCCUACUCACAGCCUCCCAUGAUCUUCCUGCAGCCCUCCCCGCCGGCGUACGUGGUCGCGGGCAAGACGGAUGCGGCCACGACGCUGCAGUACCUGCCCCUCUCCACCCCCGUCCCCUCGCCGUGCGCCGCCCCGAACCCCCCGCUGACCCCGGCACCGAGGGCGGCCAGCGACGACGGUGAGCAAGGGGGCGAGGGGGAGAGUGCUGCCGGUCGCCAGCCUAGCAGUGAGGUGCAGUCCUCGGUCGGUGGAAGCGAGCAAGGACAGCCGAUUGAGGCAGGUCGCGACCCCGAACAGGCUGUUCCAGUUUCCCAGGAUGUGGUUUCGCAAGUUCGUGCUCACGAACAGGGAAAUGUCAUGUUUGGUCAAGUCGAACAACAACAGCAAGCAGAUGGGCAGAACUUUAAUGAAGCUUCGCAGCGUUGCUUGUCGGGCUUGAGUGACAUAUGUGAAGAAAGCAUCCAGAAAGGUGUCGUCGGGACUUCAGUGGUGGAUCAAAAUGUGCCACAGUCUAGUUUUCUUUAUCGCCAGGAAAGUAGCAGUGAACAGUUCGUGCAGGACAGCAGUGAGAAAAAGUUUGAGUUGGACCAAUCCAUUCAGCACGCAGAGACAGGUAACGUUAAUAACUCUGCGCCUUCUUAUCAACAGGGUUCUUGUAGUGAACAAGCAAAUGUUCACUAUGUGCAACAGUCUCAGACUACUGAGAAGACUAACUACAAUGGCGUUCUUCAACACGCCGGUGUAAACCGGUCGGAAAAUAAUCAACUUUACUCGGAGGUUUCAUUCGCCCAAGAAAAUGUUGGUGCCGCCAUAACUCAGCAAGCACCGUUAAGCCAGUUGCCUCAGCACAGCGGCCAUAGUGAAAGCAAACUCGGUGAAUCACAGCAAGGAAGUUUGUUUGUCGACCAAGGCAUUCAGCAACAAGUUGAGCAACAGCAAUACAGUGAAUUACAUCGGCAAUCAGGUCAGAACCAGCCAGAGUUCAACACGCCGGAUGCGGCCGUACCGUUCUCAAGCGGAAGUGUCCAGCCAGGAGAAGUGCAGUACCAGCAGUAUGGUGAGAUACCUCAACAAGUGAACCAGGCUGGAGAAAAUUUCAGCCAACCUGCCGGUAACGUGUUCGUCGAUCACGGAGUCGAGCAGAGAAUGGACCAGCAGCAACAACGCCAACAGACGUCUCAGCCGCAGCAGCAGGAGUUCAGUCAGCAGCACCUCGACGCUUCGUACAGUCAAGAAAACCUUCAGCAACCUGCAGAGCAACAGCAGAGUCAUUACCGCGGUGUACCACAGUUGAGCCGGCCUGCGGAAGAGUUCAGUCAGUCUCGCACAGAAAUUUCGCUCGGUCACCAGACCACACAGCAGCCACAGCAGGACACUCGGAACGAAGCUGGCUUUCUCCAGCCGCACGCGGCGGGCAGUUUCGGGCACCAAACUGUGGAAGUGACAGUAAAAGACCAGGAGUACGGGCAGGUUCCUCAGCAAGCGGGCCCCGGCGAACCGGCGUUCACGCCCUUGCAGACGGAUCUGCCUUACAUUCAGCAGCCUGACUCUCGGUUGAACGAUGUGUACGUUCAGAGCGACGAGCAGACAGCACUGGACGGUCAGCUCUCGCAGCAAACUCAAAAUUCUGUGGGUAGUGGCAAUCUCCAGCCACCCGAUGAAUCGUACGUGGGUCGGGAGGGCGAGCCAUCGCGUUACGUCCAACUGCCGCAGGUGGAGCAACCUCUCAAACCGAGUCAGCCGCAGCACAGGUUCAGCCUGCAGCAUCCGAGUGCUCCGUGUGACGAGAGACUGCGAAAGAUUUCGCUCCAGGAAAACCAAAAUGCUGCACAGAUGAACAACUUCACAGACUUGGAAACGGGGCAGUACGGGGAAGGACGGCUUAGCGACGAGUCGAUGGGACACAGCGGUGCGUCGUCCGUCGCGCGUCCCGUCUCGUACGAGGUGUCUGCCGCACCGGAGACUCCGAAGUACCCCGGGAGUCAGCAGCCUUCCUCGGUCGAAGGGCAGGGCGACUGGCGCGGGCCCGUCGAGAGUUUGGCCCCCGCCGGGAGGGUGUCGAGAGGGGUCGACUUGCCCGACGAGGCGUCUGCGUCCCGCCUGCCGGUGGGGUCGCUCGCGGUGGACGGCUAUGUGUCCAGUGAGUCGCCCAGCCGCCAGGGGAGUCCCGACCGGAACAAGAUGCAUGAAGAAGGCACGCAAGAUGUUGGUCCAGAUGCUGUAGGGUUAGAGUCCGCGCAGUCACAAGAUGGGUCGGCUGCCCCGGAGGCCGGGGAGAAGCGCUCCCGGCGCGCAGGCACCAAGCGUCGCACCCGCACGCUGGGCCCCAAGCUCACGGUGCUGUCACUGACCAACGGCGGGGGCAUGGUGGAGUGCCAGCUCGAGUCCAGCAAGAAGACCGUCACCUUCAAGUGCAACCUGCAGGACAUGGCCCCUGCUGAGAUCGCCAGCAACCUGGUGUCGGAGCACCUGCUGCAAGUGGAGCACUCGGAGCUGUUCAUGGAGCUGAUAGAGGACAUCGCCCGCCAGCUGAAGGAGCGGCCCGGGGAGCUGCCCGUGGUCGCCCUGGGACACAUGGAGAGCCCCAGCAGGAAGGCCCGCGACCGGGAGCGCGACUCCUCCCUCGAGUCCCAGUCCAGGGUCCGACACGGGUCGCUCACGCGCCAAACGUCGCGCCGGUCUUCCUUCAAAGGGCACCGCCGGCACCACUCGCGGGACGAGACUGCGACCGUGUCGAAGCUGAUCGACCCGGGGGAGCGGGAGCGGGUGUCCGUGUCGGGUCCCAGCAGCCCCAUGCACGUCUUCACGCAGCACCCCCUGGCCGGGAUACCCGCGCCCGCGGUGCGCAAGGUGUCCCGGUUCGUGAUCAGCAGCGUGAGCGACCAGAGCUCUCUACCGGCGAGCCCCGCCCCGGAGACGGACGACAAGUGCUCGUCCGUGUUCACGGCCUUCAAGAGCGCUCUGUCGUCCAAGGUGGGCGGUGCCCUGGAGAUGGCCUCCAGGCUCCUGAGCGACGGCCCCGAGGUGGUCCCGGACGAAGGGCAGGUCGGCCCCGCGGAGUCCUUGAAGGUGACGACCACCAGGAACGUGUCCAGGUUCAUCGUGAGCCCCGUGCCGGCGAUGGCCGCAGCUGAGAGCGCGGAGAGGGAGGCGGAGGGGGUCGCCAGCGUGGUGGCGGAGGUGGCCACCGUCACGGAGACCUUGGAAGUGAAGAGACACGAGGGAACAAGCGAGUUGACCCCCGGCGUGGGCGAGGCAGGGGUCGCGGAGACGACGACCGUCGCGGAAGGAAGUCCGAUCGCGGACGCCGCCGGUGUGUUGGCGGAUCUCGUGGUGACUGCCGGCCCUGGCGAGAGCGACGUGGCUCCGCCCGAGUCUGCCGCUUCCGCGGUCGUUCGAGAAGCUGUCGCCGCGUCCGCGCCGGACGAGCACGCCACGAACGGAUCGUCGUCGUCGUCGAACGACGUGACGAUCACGGAGGUGGUCGGGAAGGGGGAGGCGAUCCCGGAGUUGGGGGACUGCCUGCCGGAGGGACCGGAGGUGCUCGGAGCGGAGGACUCCCUGAGCCAGCUGACGACCAGCGACGUGGACGACGAAGGCGACGACGACGACGAGGGAGUGGAGUUCCCGAUGCCGGGGCCGGGGGGAGGCACCACUCCGGUCCUGGACGGCACCCCGGAGAGCACCGUGACGGCGGGCAGCGGGGAGCAGGCGGAGCUGUCGGACCAGGCCCACCCGCGCCUGUCGCAGCAGAGCUCCCUGGAGCGGGCGGCUGCCGAGGCAGGGCUGGGGCCGCAGACGAUCGCGGACCUGCACAGCAAGCUGCGCAAGCUGACCUCGCAGCCCUCGGACAUGGUGCUGGGCGGCACGCCCCCCUCCCACCCGGCCACGCCCCACGUGCAGCAGAGCUACGAGGCCUACAUGGAGACCCUGCAGCGCAAGCUGGCCUCCAUCUCCAUGACGGGCGGCCAGCCCCUGGGCCCCCUCUCCCCCCAAAGCACCCUGCAUAGUGCCUCGGUUGCCAGUCCCCUCCUCCUGGAGCUGAUCGGGGUCGCAGUUGCCCGGCCGGCCGAGGACCGAGCCCCGUGCGCCGCGGAACUAGCGCCCGUCUCCACGGUUGUAGUACCUGUUGCUGGGAGCAACGGCACGAACAGCAGCGGUGUGCUGUCGCCGAGUCUCUCGGUCGUCGACGACGACUGCGAAGGGCAGGUCCCCAACUUGCGCUCCAUGGCCAUCGACCUCCUCAACUUGGAGCAGGCGGAGCAGGCGAUUAUCAACAGCAGCAAGGAGAUGGAUCUGGGAGCCAGCACAGUGAAAAGCGAGCCAAAAGAUAAGGCCGUCUCCAUCCCAUUGGCGCCACAGUUGGCAGCCCUUCACGCAGCCUCGGCCGCCAACAGCGUGAACACGACCUCGGACGAGGCAGCGACCACGUUCCGCGGUGAGGCGGAGGCCCCGAAGACCAGGAGGGUCUCCAGGUUCCAGGUCAGCACGGUCGUGGAAGACAAGCCCGCCGUGCCAGCCGUGCCAGCCGUGCCAGCAGACACGGCCGCAGAUGAUCCGCCGGCCGCCCCCGACAAGCUGGAACCGGCGGACGACCCUGCGAAACUCAAAUCUGCAGACGACUCUGAAAAAAACGUGGAGAAAGUGCAGAAACCUGACGAAGCAAAAUCGGAAGAUGGUCAAACUUCGAAAAGAAAAGACUCCAGUUCUGGCACAGUCACGGUGAGGAAAGGGCGUUUCAGCGUGGUCACGCACGUAGAAGAGAGACCUGCACAUCGAACAAAGAAUGGGGGCGGCGGCCGGGACAGGGAGGGGCGCGACUCCCCCCGGAGGUCCCCCACGAGUCUGCUGCACGUCAGCGUCUGCCCCCCGGCGGCCGAGCAGGAACCACAGACGAUGCCACCAGCCAGUAGCCGGCCCGCCUCAGUUCUCAAGCCUGCCGCCGGGGAUGACGCGAGAGAGACGCCACAGCCUGCGCCGGCCCACCGAAGGCGUUACGGCCAAACCCAGAACCCCUACGUAGGAUCGGAUAGCUCGGACGCUCAGGCCCUCGGUCGACAGCACCCAGGCAGGAGGAUGUCGCAGCAGACUCCGGCGCUCCGCCCCGCGGAGAGGGCCCGGAAGCUCUCCCAGCCCCUGCCCCCGCCGAUCCUGGGCUGGUAUCAGCACCCUGUCUGGAACCCCCACGUCCCGCCUCCCGGGUACCCACACGUGCACAUGGCGAUUCCGAACAUGGCCGUCCCUCCCCCUGUCGUUCCCGUGGUGCCGGCAGCCGCGCUCUCCCAGAGUCAGUACACCCUGCAGGACUGCCAACAUGGUCCGUGCGAGGUAGCGUUCCCCCGGUUCCACGACACACACGCGGCGCGGCGCCGGGGCAGCCAGCCCGCCGGCCCGAAGGCCCAGCUCGCGCCGGACGGCGCGGCGAGACCGCGCCGGUCAAAGAGGACGUUCCCGGAGCAGCAGCGGCUCUUGGAGCUGCCGGCACAGUCCAUGCCGGACCUCGCGUGGCGCGGCUCGUACCACCUCGCUCGCGCCCAGAAGCCCAGGGACCGCGCCACCCACCGCUUCAGGGAGAGGAGGAAAGGCGUGACCAACCUUCUGGCCCACGCGAGCAAGUUCUCGUCCGUGCACGACUUGCGAGGGGCGAACAUAGCGUACCUGGAGGACCCCCGGGAGGUGCUGAGGGCGAGGCUGAAGCCGGCACGAAGCGCGGGCAACCUGUCGCGUCUGGGCCCGGCCCCGGCCUCCGGUCUGCACCCCGCGUACCACACGGUCCACGCGGGGACCAUCCCCUACUCGGACUGGGGCGACAGCGACGACUCGGACGAGCUGGAGCUGUACGACUCCAACACGGAGGACGACGCGUUCUUCUCUCACGUCGUCCCCUCGGGCGGCAGGUUUGCGAGCCGGGCGCUCUCUGCGAGCCGUGGGACGGAGUUGCCGACCUCACGGGAUUCAGAGUCGGAUGAAGAAACUGCCAAGCUCGAAGUUGCAAAUGAAGAAUUUAAGAUCUUGUUGAAACGGCAACGGGCGGAGAUGGAGGCUCUGCAGGUGCGCCACCGCGAGGAACAAGCGCUGUUCUGGCGAGAUCGGCGUGUGGGCCUGCUGCAGCCGCUGCCUGCCGUCUUCCCCGCGCAGACGUUCUUCUACCAGGCCGUGUCACCCGUCUGCGCAGUGCCGACAACCUCGCAGAGGGUCCCUGGGGCCAGUCUGGAGGACUACCUGGUGUACAGCACGGCCCCCCAGUCCCCCGACUCUGCCUCGUCGCCCCCCCAGUCGCGGCCCGUCGCAGUGCAGUACCUCCCCCCGGACGCCCAGUGGGUCCCCGUGGCGGGCCCCCCCUACCCGCCCGGCUACCGGCGGGUGUCUUCCUCGUCCGGGGGACUCCUGCAGCUGGCCCCUGUGCCCGGGCCCCCCUCCGCCACGCCCACGGGCUACUACUUCCAGCCGGCCGUCACCCCGCUGCUGCAGGCGGGGCUGCGCUUCGUGUACGGGGCCCCGGGCUCUGCCCCGGCAGGUAAGGACGCCCGCCCCAGUUGAGCCCCUCGCUCCCCUUCUGCUAGUUCGUUCCACUCCGUUUCCAAGGAAUCGGAAGUUCAGGUGUCACAGUUUUGUUGUUUUCUCUUCUGACGACGUGCGUGCGCGCCCGGUUGCACCUCUUGGCGGAAAAUGGGUUCGAAAUUCACAGUAAGAGUUGAGGCACUUGGUUUGCUGUUUCCUUCAUAGUUAACAUUAUGUAUCCACGAGCUUGCAUAUGUAGUUACUACUUGAAGCUUCAUGAGCUAGGGAUAGCAGAAUAAAGGUCUGUGUAGUUUCACACCAACCACGCUCAUAAACCAGUUGUAAGACUCAUAUUUACUUCUAAGUUGUGUUCAUGAAAGCGGUGUGUAAUAGUGUACAUAUUACGGAGUCUUCUGAAUCGAGAGAGUUGUGUGUGGGUAUUGUAGGCACUGCGGUCGUCGACAUGCAAUAUUUGCACAUUUUCACCGCUUUUUAGUGCCUACUAUUCUUGAUAACCAAGGGAGAUAUUAGUUUUUUGUAUUAAAAAACCCCAAUGUGAUAAAAAAUAUUAUCUUUUUAAGGUGCUGAAAAAAUUAUUUUACACAGUUGUAACUGCUGUGUGAAAUAAAAUAAUUUGGUCCCAGAAUUAGGCUGAGAAUGGAACUGAAAUGUUACUGGCACAAUGUAAGCCAUUUGUAAUGUAAGACUGAAAGUAUAUAAAAAAAAAAAAAAGCUGCACGUUAUGUUGGCUCUGGUAAUUUUCUUAUUUUCUGUGAUUGAAGAUUGGAUUUAUUUUGCUGUUUUGAGUUUUUUUUGGAGAAGUCGAACUGAGCAGCAUUCAGCACGCAGCGGGGUUACUGUGUGCAUGUGAUGCAUCCUUACUUUUGUACUACCGUGUUUUAUUUUGAAAAUGUACCAGAGACAGAAAAGUAGUCUUGCUUGCAAUUACAAAUGUAAAUAUCUUUUGAAAAUACUCGAAGUUAGUUCAGUCUUUGUGUGAUUUUAUUUUUUUAAUUUUAAAAAUUUGUAUAUUUUAAAUGUCAGUAUGUUGUUUUUUCCCCCAGUAAAUAUUUGGAAAUCUGUCUGUGUGGUCAUUUUAUCUUAUUCAAUUUUCUCUUUAAUAUGAUUACAUAUAAUUACAUGCAUCUUAGUAACCUUGCUGCACUAUUCUUAGGACAGAACAUUUUCAUGUAACCACGUGUUCUGUUGUUAGGUUGUUACUCCAUGUUUCUAGAUUUUGUAACUAUUUUUAUUUAAUUUAUAGCAGCCUAUUUAUUUACUAAAUUGUUUCCUGAUAUGUUAUUAAUUAUUUGUUUACACUUAAAAUCUUUAUCAUGAUAUUUUGUACAGAACCAAAGUGUACUAAUAAUAAUAAUUGAUUUAUUUCCUGGGCCAACCAACAAAAAUUCAAAUUUAAAUUAAAAUAAAGUAUAAUCUUGAGUAUGUAUACACUGUUGCAAAAUUGUUCUUUAAGAUUUUACAUUGAACAAGUGAAGUCUGGCCAAUAUCUUCACUUUUGAACAGCACAAUGGCUGCAUUAACCUUGAGACUGAAUUUUAAAGCGAAGAUUUUGUUUGAGGGUUUCACUUAAACUAAUAUAAAUUAAUACAUUAAAUAACAUGGAAACACAAGUAAUAAUAAAGCUGAAUUGAAUCAAAGUUUUAUUCAUGACCUAACUACAUUUGUAAAGAAAUUUUUUUUGAUUUAUACUAGUAGCUUUGGGAUCAGGCUGGAUAAAAAAAAUCAUUGUAUAAUCUGUUUUAUCAUGUAUCACAUAGUAACACAUUAAUUUACUACUUUGUCAAUUUAUUCUUUGUUUUAAAUAAUUAUGCCCCAGUUAUGAAUAUUAAAUUUUUUUUUAAAUAUUUUUGUUGAAAAUACAACUUUUAACUCUAAAAUAACCAUGUUUUGUAGUGAAACAAGUACUAUGGUACAAUUUAUGUUCUUACAUACAAUAUGAUUAAUAUACAUGUAACACAAAAAUUUUUGUGACAAAUUUGAGAUAAAAAUUAAAAUAUAUUGUCUAGUCCAGUAAUGAUCAUAAAUAACAUUUCAUUAUAUAAAAGUGUGUUGCACUUUUGGUAUAAUUUGACAUUAAUUGCAGCAUUAUGCCUCAUAAUUGGAGUAUAAAAAGCUGAUGUCUUAUUAAAAGUUAUUGUGUUAAAUGUCAAGACUAUGCAGUUCAGAAUGUCCAAAUGUCGGGUAAAAUCAAAAACUAAAACAGUGUGUGUAAUAAUUAAUUUGUAAUUACAUUUAAUUUUCCACACAUGCUUUAUUUAUGCUUAUUUGUGUGUGUGAUCACAGUCAGUUGUGUGAUAGUGUGGCUCGUGUGAGGAGUAUUGUCGCGCGUGGUUGGCCCAGGACUGGUGGCUGCAAUGCUGCUCAGUGUGUGUGUCUGCGAGUGUAUGGUUCCUGUUGUAUGUCAGCUCAUGUUUCUGUGCUACUGUCUCUAUUAAUUUUUUUUUUAUUUAUAUCAUUGUAUGAGUGAGUACACUACAUGACUGGAUUCACAAAGUAAAGUUUUUUUUUAAGCAUACAA